GCCAAUCAUAGGUAGGCACAUAAUCUACGUCAUUUUCAGGGACACACAGGAAGUGUGAGGUGGCUGUAAGAGCGUUUUCGCUAUGUCUGCCAUUUUCAACUUCCAGAGCUUAUUGACGGUCAUCCUGCUGUUAAUAUGUACCUGCGCUUACAUCAGAGCCCUGGCUCCCAGCAUUCUGGAUAAAAACAAAUCCGGAAUUUUGGGAAUAUUCUGGAAGUGUGCCAGGAUAGGUGAAAGAAAAAGCCCGUAUGUUGCUAUAUGUUGUGUGAUAAUGGCCUUCAGCAUUUUGUUUGCACAGUAAUGCAAUGUGAAUACAUGGGUGUGUGAGGGAGUUGUUUAAAUCCACAGGCAGGCACUGGAGAAGAAAAAGCUUGAAAUAAGCCUGAGAGACAUUUCUGACUUUGGCCUUGCUCAGCUUCAGAUAGCGCACCUCGCAGAAGAUACCUAAGCCCUGUGCUUGUAGACUGGACCAAGGACACACCCAAGGCUGCAUUAUUCACUGAAGAACCCUGGAAACUGUAACUAGCCAUGGGAUUUUUAUGUACUUCAUUUCCAUCUGUUAAAUCAAUAAAAUAUAAGUUCUUCACCUA